AAUGGCAUGAGCAUUGCUUUACUAUUUUUGACAAGCCAUAUCAAAGCGCUACCUUGGAACAUACGCCACCUUCUAUCGGUUUGAACUUUUAUUCACAUUUAUUCACUAGGCAUAAACCAGACAAGGAGAAGAAGAAGACCGAGUUGGACUAAUUAGCCUACUACUAACUCGAAUCAAUAACCUAACUGCAAACUGACACAAGCUUCUACAUUUUCAUAUUUGUCAAGCCGAAAGGGAUUUUGCUUCUGGACAUGUGAAUCAAAGGAGUUACUGCGAACCCCUGAAAAUGAAGCUACUAGCAUCGGUUCUGUGUUGCUUGGGCUUUCUGCUCACUUCUGCGCUGUUUCGGAGGAUCUCUUCACAAGCAGUAUGCGCUGGCACAGAGAACAAGCUGAGUACUCUGUCAGACCUGGAGCAGCAGUACCGCACCCUAAGGAAGUAUUAUGAGAACUGUGAGGUGGUGAUGGGUAACCUGGAGAUCACCAGCAUCGAUCGCUCCAGAGACCUCUCCUUCCUCAGGUCUAUCCGUGAGGUGACAGGCUAUGUGCUCGUGGCUCUGAACCAGUUUGACUACCUGCCACUGGAGAACCUGAGGAUCAUCAGAGGAACUAAGAUGUAUGAAGAUCGCUACGCUCUGGCGAUCUUCCUCAACUACCGCAGAGAUGGGAACUUUGGCCUGCGCCAGCUGGGACUGAAGAACCUCACAGAGAUCCUACAGGGCGGUGUGUAUGUCGACCAGAAUAAGUUCCUGUGCCACGCAGACACCAUCCACUGGCAAGACAUCGUCAAGAAUGCCCGCGUCAGCCCUCUGGUUGUGCCCACCAAUAGCAGUGUUACAUGUCAGAAGUGUCACGUCUCCUGUAAUGGUCGCUGCUGGGGCCCAAAGGAGGACCAGUGUCAGACCUUGACUAAAACAGUGUGCGCUGAGCAGUGUGACGGUCGCUGUUUCGGACCCUGGGUCAGUAACUGCUGCCAUCGCGAGUGUGCAGGAGGAUGCUCCGGACCCAAGGAUACGGACUGCUUCGCUUGCACCAACUUCAACGACAGCGGAGCAUGUGUGACCCAGUGCCCCCAGCCCCAUGUAUACAACCCCACCACCUUCCAGCUGGAAAGCAACCCCAGAGCCAAGUACACCUACGGAGCCUUCUGCGUCAAGAAGUGCCCACAUAACUUUGUGGUGGACCACAGCUCCUGUGUGAGGGCUUGUCCCAGCAACAAGAUGGAGGUAGAAAAUGACCGCAUCAAGAUGUGCAUCGCCUGCACUGAUAUCUGUCCAAAAGCCUGUGAUGGUAUAGGUACAGCCAGUCUGCAGACAGCCCAGACUGUGGACUCCAGCAACAUAGACAAGUUCACCAACUGUACCAAGAUCAAUGGAAACCUGGUCUUCCUCAUCACUGGCAUUAAAGGGGAUGUGUACCACAACAUUGAGGCUCUGGAUCCAGAGAAACUGAAUGUGUUUCGGACUGUUAGGGAGAUUACAGGUUUCCUGAACAUCCAGUCGUGGCCAGAGAACAUGACAGACCUGAGUGUCUUCUCCAAUCUGGCAACCAUAGGAGGUAGAGCACUGUACAGUGGUAUCUCUCUCCUAGUGUUGAAGCAGCGGUGGAUCUCAUCCCUCCAGCUCCAGUCCCUGAAUGAGAUCAGUGCUGGUAACGUGUACAUCACCAAUAACAGUCAGCUGUGCUACUACAACACCGUCAACUGGACCGGCCUGUUCAGAGCCAACAACCAGAAGGUCCUCAUACGCAACAACAGAGACCCCAAAGAGUGUAAGGUUGCAGGUGUCCACACAGAUGCGUCCCCGGCUGAAGUAGCGACAGGACAGGCACUGGGUCCUGAUCAUUGUGUGAAGUGUCUCCACUUUAAAGAUGGUCCUAACUGUGUGGAGAAGUGUCCUGACGGCCUUCAGGGGGCCAACAGCUUCAUCUUUAAAUAUGCCGAGGCCAACAACGAGUGCCAUCCCUGUCACUCCAACUGCACGCAGGGGUGUAUUGGACCCAGACUGCAGGACUGUAUUGGCAUGAUGGACAGGACUCCCCUGAUUGCUGCCGGGGUGAUAGGGGGCCUCUUCGUCGUGGUCAUUGUGGCUCUGAGUGUAGCCGUGUCUGUCCGCAGGAAGAGCAUCAAGAAGAAGAGAGCCCUGCGACGCUUCCUUGAGACAGAGCUGGUGGAGCCCCUGACACCUAGUGGUACAGCCCCUAACCAGGCCCAGCUCCGCAUCCUCAAAGAGACUGAACUCAAGAGGGUCAAGAUACUGGGCUCGGGGGCCUUCGGCACCGUCUACAAGGGUAUCUGGGUGCCAGAGGGUGAGACAGUGAAGAUCCCGGUAGCCAUCAAGAUCCUGAACGAGGCAACGGGACCCAAGGCUAACGUGGAGUUCAUGGAUGAGGCUCUGAUCAUGGCCAGCAUGGAGCACCCCCACCUGGUCCGUCUCCUGGGGGUCUGCCUGAGCCCCACCACACAGCUGGUCACCCAGCUCAUGCCCCACGGCUGCCUGCUCGACUACGUCCAUGAACACAAGGACAACAUCGGCUCCCAGCUGUUGCUCAACUGGUGUGUUCAGAUCGCCAAGGGUAUGAUGUAUCUGGAAGAGCGGAGACUGGUGCACAGGGACUUGGCUGCCCGUAACGUGCUGGUCAAGUCCCCCAACCACAUCAAGAUCACUGACUUUGGUCUGGCUCGGUUGCUGGACGUCAACGAGAAGGAGUACAACGCUGACGGGGGCAAGAUGCCAAUCAAGUGGAUGGCCUUGGAGUGUAUCCACUACAGGAAGUUUACCCACCAGAGUGACGUCUGGAGCUACGGGGUGACCAUUUGGGAAUUGAUGACGUUUGGGGGGAAGCCCUAUGAUGGCAUCCCGACCCGGGACAUCCCAGACCUGCUGGAGAAAGGAGAGCGUCUUCCCCAACCUCCCAUCUGCACCAUAGAUGUAUACAUGGUCAUGGUCAAAUGUUGGAUGAUAGAUGCAGACAGCAGGCCCAAGUUCAAGGAGCUAGCUGCAGAGUUCUGUAGGAUGGCCCGGGACCCCCAGCGUUAUCUGGUCAUCCAGGGUGAUGACCGUAUGAAGCUGCCCAGCCCCAACGACAGUAAGUUCUUCCAGAGCCUGCUGGAUGAGGAGGAGCUGGAGGAUUUGAUGGAUGCUGAGGAGUACCUGGUUCCUCAGGUCUUUAAUAUCCCACCGCUGGCGUACACACCCAGGACACGUGUUGACUCCAACAGGAAGCCUGGCUACAAAGUGCUCUCUGAUAUUUAA